AUGUCUGACAAAGUGGUGGCCGAAGAGGAGCCCAAGAAGAAGCCCUGCUGUCAAUCAAAAGCCAAUAAAAAGCUCAUCAAAAUCAGUGAUUUACCCAUUUAUGGCAAUCCGUAUCCCAAAUGCGAUCGCAUUGUGUCCGAAGAGUUGGGUUACAUCGAGACCGGUGUCAGAGCUGUUCGGCAAGAGAUCACUCCAUACGUCGAUAUUGCCAUCAAAUCCAGUCAAAGACUUCAACAGAUAUUAAACACAUCGUAUGAACACUCAAAAUCUACUUAUGAGUACAUCAGCUCUGAAGGCAAUACUGUGGCCAAAGCGGCCGUCAUUACCGGCGGCGGACUUCUCGGUCUAUUGAUAGCGUCGCGCAAAGGCUUCUUCAAGAAAGUGUUUUACACGACCGCUGGUCUGACGGCCGGUUCGGCCGCUUGUUAUCCAACGGAGGCUAAAGAGUUGUCACAAAUUGGCUUUUUUAUCGUCAAAACAAAAGGUCCCGAAAUAAUCAAAGAAUAUACCGGCGUAGACCUGAGCCGCAAGAAGGGCUCCAAAGAAAGCUCAACAAAAGCUGAUCCCAAGGACGUGGACACCAUUGGGAAGGAAGUGAGUGACGUUCAGUAUUAUGGCUUUAGAGUAUCAGAAUCUUGGGCCAAUAAGACUACAAAUGGUGUGCAAAAGAAGUCAGAAUCUGCUGUGAAGGGAGACUUCGGGAUGAGUCGCAAAGAAGACCAGGACUUAUACGCAAACAGGAGUUCAAAAUAAUAUUCAUAAAUAGACGUUUGAAUUGAGCUUUUAUUUUAUUAGCUAACAAAUGAUAGUUUCUAUAAUCUAUACAAUAAUUAAUAGUUGUGUUAAUCGAAUGGGAAAUAAAUACAUAUUAAUUGAUUUAUGAUAAGAAUAUCUCUAAUAUAGUUAUAACAAUUGGGGGACAAAAUAGAGCAAAC